AUGUACUCUUCAUAUUUUCUAUCCAAGCGCCUCGUUUCUAUCCAUAUGUUGGCUAUACAGCUCCUCCUCAUACGCAGUGUUUCAUCCCUGAAUCUUACCAAUGCGUAUCUCAACCACAAAUGUCGCGUCAGUGAAGGGAAAUACCAGUCGGGAAGUAAAUAUGAGGAAAACCUAAACUAUCUCAUCAAAACCGUCUCUAUUAAUUUGCAGAAUGGUUUCGAGCACAUAUCUUAUGGUGAGGCUCCCAAUACAGUUGCCUUCAUAUUCCAAUGCCGAGGCGACUCCUAUGGGUCCAAGUGUCGUUCAUGCUAUGCCACCGCUGUGGCCGGGCUACGUAGGAGAUGUGAGAGAAACAAAGGGGGAAUAAUAUGGUACGACCAAUGUUUUCUCGAUGUUAGUACGAGCGAUCAACGAGCUCCAAGGAAGAUCGAUUACGAGAAUAGGUUCUCUUUGCACAACCCAAACAACAUAAACGGCGAGACAAAGUUGUUCAACAAGAAGACGGAGGAUUUUCUCUACAACUUGAUCCCGAAAGCCACCCGUUCAGCAGGGGAAGGAAACGAACCUAUAUAUUAUGCGGCGGGGGAGGAGAGGCUAGGGACGAAGAAACUGUAUGCAAUGGUGCAGUGUGCGAAAGACAUAGCCUUAUGUAAAGAUUGUUUGGAAUUGAUUAUCAGGGAGCUUUCCAAGUGCUGCCAAGGUAAACAAGGAGGGAGAGUUUUGAGUACGACCUGUAAUUUGAGGUAUGAGUUAUACCCUUUUAUUAGCACCUAA